AUGAUAGCAGUGGUGACAAACCCUGGAGUUGGCGGGCACCUAAGUUUUAUGGCCCCCAGCAAGAUCAGAGCAAGGCCGAAAAGCUACCUCAAGGCUUCAAUAUUUGGCUGCAUGGUCAAUCCUAUAUUUGGUUGGUAUUCCCGCCAUAAUUUUUUCAUGCUGGUCCCUGAGGAUGGCCGACAUAGAUUGGCAAGGAUCGGAAGUGAGAGGCAGGAUAGCGCUGAGUUUCGUGGUAGUUGGGACGCUGUCCUUAAUCCUGACGCUACUAAUCUACGUUCUGGUCGUCUAUACAAAAGACACUAA